AUGUUACAAGAGCUGAUGGUUGCGGAAGCCUGCAGCGAUCAAAGAGAUUUGUUGAGUUCCUACGGUGUUUCGAAGCCAUUGAUUCCAGUACCAAAUGGACGAUUAAUCCCAUCAGACAAAGAAAAUGAACCUGAACUUGAGUCCCAUGAAACUCAGCUGAUAGCGUCUUAUCCUUCAGACACUGUUGAGUCGCUUAUCUGUAAUGGUAUAACUGAUUUCAUUGACUGGACUCCAAUUCUGCUGACUACCGGAGCCUAUGGAAAUCGAUACAUGAACCAACACACCUUGGAAAAUGCAGAGAUUAUUGACAACUGGACAUGGGAAACUAUCAAACGUGUUUUGAGUAACAUACCUGAAGGAUCAUUGGUUGAAGGCGAUCAGAAUAUUCAACAAUCUUCUCAACCUACAAGUCGCGACUCGUUAUCGUCAUUAAUAAAUAAAAAUGAAUUCUGUCAACCAACGAGAACUGAAACUUCUACACUGGAACGUACAACGUUGUUGAGACCAGUUUUUUCGCGUGUCCUAGCUUCAUCUCUCAUUCCUGGAAGAGUUUCUGCAAAAUUAUCAGUACCUAUCAAAGGAUCUAGUGAAUCUUCUCAAAUCGCUGAGAACAGUAAACCUAUUACUGAAACCAAAACUCGCCUACACGUAUCAAAUGUUGCACUAGUUGGACUUCGCCGAGUCGAACGUUCAGGAUCCGAAACUGAUGCCGUACCUUUGGACUUGGGAUUUUCGAAAGAUCUAUCUUGUUAUUCUGUUUAUUCAGGUCAACCACUUUUGAUCCGUGGUAUCAACCCUACAGGUCAUUCCCUGGGUGUAAUGGAAAUUUUCCAGAUACCUAUUUCAAAACCCCCUUUUAUCAAUCCAGAUAAAUGCUUGGGAAACCUGCAUAUUAUGGUGGCCUGUGGCCCUUAUACUCUUUCAAAUUCACAUGACCCUACAGGCCUUUUUAAUUUAUUGCGUUCCGUCAAACAAUCUAAACCCCAUGUUCUCAUCCUGCUUGGACCGUUUGUUGAUUCGGAGCAUCCUGGUAUUCAGUCUUAUUCUGAAACUACUUACGAAGAACUAUUCCAAUCUAGAGUGAAUAGUGUCAGUGAAUGGUGCAGUCAUUUAUCUAUAAGGUUGAUAAUUGUUUCCUCCUGGAGAGAAUUACAUCAUGAUCCAGUGUAUCCGACUCCACCUAUGGACAAGUCGUGGAUAGAAAAGACACCACAUCUGUCAUCAUCAUACGAAAAAGUUCAAUUCGCUCCCGAUCCAUGUCUUUUCCAAAUUGGGGAAUAUGUUUUUGGUUUAACUUCGGUUGAUAUACUUAAAGAUCUUAGUUGUGAAGAAAUCAGUGCUGGUUGCUCGGGCAGUGAUAGAAUUACUCGUUUAUGUCGGCAUAUUCUCGCCUCAUCAUCGUUUUACCCUGUACAUCCCCCUGACGAUGGUUUACCACUUGAUUACCCUUUAUGGAGUCAAUAUGCACAGUUUUCAGUCACACCACACUGUUUGAUUUUACCGUCGAAAUUGCGUCAAUUUGUAAAGAAUGUAGAUGGUGUGUUGUGCAUCAAUCCUGGAUAUGUAUCAAGAGGAGAGGCUUUCGGUAGCUAUGCUGAAAUUGUUGUCAAUGUGAAUGAAUUUUCAAGUUUAAAUGGAAAUAGCAACGAAAUUAACUCAAAUAUACCGGAUAACUUAUCAUCGGAACAUUCUAGUUUCAGUAUAUGUGGUCGUACAUCUGUUUCAAUCAAACGCCUUUAA